CAGCCCCCACACCAAGUCUACGAUGAUGGCCUACAAAUUAUUAAUAAAACCAUACAGUAAGCAAAUGUCAAUCUCUUAAUGAAGUUUCCACCACUUAGUAACAUACGUGACCGCAUUUGACUCAGGCCUCCAAGGCACUCCCUUUAAAUUCCCUCCCACAUUGAAUCUCUUCCACACCUCUACUUUCAUUUGCUUCAAAAAGAAAGGCCCAACUUCCCCCAGAUUUCACUUCCUCUUCUUCUUCUUAAUUUUCACGAAACUCACAUCUCGUUUCACAAAACUUAUAACUCGAUCAACAUAACAUAAACGCCCCUUUGAUAAAAAAAUGUUGUCGUGUAAGUUCUUUAGACAAAGUGCAGAGAUGCUGCUAAAAGUUUUCUUAGUUCUUUUGUUAAACUUGGCUGAGCAUAAUAUCAAUCAUUGCUCUUACCUUCCUCAUGCCACCCCAGAUUUCACAAACUUAAGCUCACUUGAGCUAGUAUCAUCACUUAAGAAACUAAAUCUAAAUGGUAAUUUCGAUUUCGAAAAUACCCGCCGUGUGGCAAAUGACUUUGGUAACAGAUACCAUUUUCUUCCGAUGGCGGUUCUGUUACCCAAAACAGUCUCUGACAUCUCUACAACCAUCAAACAUGUUAUCAACAUGGGUCAUAACUCAGAGCUCACUGUUACAGCAAGAGGCCAUGGUCACUCACUUCAAGGUCAAUCUCAAAGCCAUGGUGGCAUUGUCAUCAGCAUGGAAUCUCUAGAAGAACCAAAAAUGCAUGUCCAUACAGGCGAGCAACCUUAUGUUGAUGUUUCGGGGGGUGAAUUGUGGAUUAACAUUCUGCAUGAGACCCUAAAACAGGGAUUAUCACCUAAAUCAUGGACCGACUACCUUUAUUUGACUGUCGGGGGAACUUUAUCAAAUGCCGGGAUUAGUGGACAAGCAUUCAGAUAUGGACCUCAAAUAAACAAUGUCCAUCGGCUGGAAAUUGUAACUGGAAAAGGAGAUAUAUUGAACUGUUCGGCUAAAGAGAACGCUGACCUCUUUUAUGGUGUUCUUGGGGGACUAGGGCAGUUUGGCAUCAUCACUAGGGCCAGAAUCUCUCUAGAGCCAGCUCCCAGAUCGGUGAAAUGGAUUAGAGUACUAUACUCAGAUUUCAACUUAUUUACCAAGGAUCAAGAACAGCUAAUAUCAUCAGAUAUUUCAUUUGAUUAUAUUGAAGGCUUCGUCAUAAUAAACAGGACAGGUCUAAUUAAUAACUGGAGAUCUACCUUCAGCCCCAGAGAACCCCUGCAGGCUAGUCAAUUCAGCUCUGAAGGAAAAACUCUCUACUGCCUCGAAAUGGCCAAGUACUUUAAUCCUGAGGAUGGGAACAUUAUAAACCAGGAAACAGAACAUUUGCUGUCCAAAUUAAACUAUAUCUCCCACACACUUUUCCAGUCAGAAGUAUCGUAUGUAAAUUUCCUAAACAGAGUUCACCUAUCAGAAAUAAAGCUCCGAGAGAAAGGUUUGUGGGAUGUUCCUCAUCCUUGGUUAAAUCUUCUGGUUCCCAAGAGUAAGAUAUACAGUUUUGCUGAGGAGGUAUUCGGUCAUAUCCUCACAGAUACAAGCAACGGCCCAAUCCUCAUUUACCCCGUAAACCAGUCAAGAUGGAAUCACAAGACGUCGAUGGUGACCCCUUCUGAAGAUGUAUUUUACCUUGUAGCAUUUCUAACAUCUGCAAUGCCAUCUUCGUCUGGAUCAGACGGGCUCGAAAAUAUUUUAACCAAAAACAAAAGAAUAUUAGACUUCUGUGAGAUGGCCAAGCUUGGGGCAAAGCAAUAUCUGCCACAUUUUGACACUCAGGAUGGAUGGAGAGCUCAUUUUGGGCCUCGAUGGGAUGUUUUUGCAAGAAGAAAACUAACCUAUGACCCUCUAUCAAUUCUCACACCAGGGCAAAGAAUCUUCCGCAAAGGAAGAGCCAUUUCAUGAUAUUGGCUGACAUCUCAAGAACCUCAUUCAAAUCGGUCACUCCAAAAGUCAAAACAAAAAAGAGAGAAGCAUCAAAGCCUAAGUCUGUAAGUAGACCAUCUACAUAGCUAGCACAUCUUUCAGCAUGUUAGUAUCUCUACAAGUUCACAGAGUACAGCAUUCAUUGAUUUAAAUUCUUGUUCUACACGUUUUCAUAACAAUUUGGAACAAGACACCCAUUUUUGUAUCCGAGUUU